AUGCCUCUGGGGCUGUGGAGAAAGAAGACCAAGUCCAAGGAGACCGUCCAGCUGGUGAAGAGCGAGCAGGCGGGCGCGGGCAGCCGGAGCCUCCCGGACCCCCUGGUUCCCGCACGCAGGCUGGUGUUCCACACGCAGCUGGCGCACGGCAGCGCCACGGGCCGCGUGGAGGACUUCUCCAGUAUCCGGGAGCUCUACGCCAAGAUCGCGGGCGCGUUUGAGAUCUCGCCGUCGGAGAUCUUAUAUUGCACUUUAAACACACCUAAAGUUGACAUGGGAAAGCUCUUAGGAGGACACAUAGGUCUGGAAGAUUUCAUAUUUGCCCAUGUGAAAGGAAUCAGAAAAGAAGUGAAUGUGUAUAAAUCUGAGGAUUCACUUGGGCUCACUAUUACGGAUAAUGGUGUUGGCUAUGCUUUUAUAAAGAGAAUUAAAGAUGGUGGCAUUAUUGACUCAAUUAAAACAAUCUGUGUGGGGGAUCAUAUUGAAUCCAUAAAUGGAGAAAACGUCACUGGGUGGCGUCACUAUGAUGUUGCUAAGAAGUUAAGGGAAUUAAAGAAAGAAGAACUCUUUACCAUGAAGUUAAUAGAACCUAGGAAGGCAUUUGAAAUAGAGCCAAGGUCAAAAGCUGGAAGGUUGUCAGCAGGAAAAGUUGGUACUGGAAGAGGGACACUUCGCCUGAGGUCAGAAGGUCCUGCCACCAUGGAAGAAGAGCCCUCUGAAGCCAAAGCAAAGGCAAUCGAAAAGGUUGAUGAUCUUCUUGAACUGUACAUGGGAAUUCGAGAUAUUGAUUUAGCUACCACAAUGUUUGAAGCUGGAAAGGACAAAGUUAAUCCAGAUGAAUUUGCUGUGGCCCUUGACGAAACCUUUGGAGACUUUGCGUUCCCGGAUGAAUUUGUCUUUGAUGUUUGGGGGGCCAUAGGUGAUGCCAAACGAGGGUGAUGAUGAUGGGGAUGAUCCAUCUCUGAAGAAGAAAAAAACCCCCACAAGCUCUGCUUUUAGACACCUUUACUAACUCUGUGUACAGAAUAUAUUCUUUUAAAUAUAAUUUUGGUAAUUUUGAUUUCUGGAUACUUUAAAAUGCCGUUGCUUCUGUAGUAUGCUUAAGAUAAAUUGCCUAAAAAUAUGAUCAACUUUUAUAUCCACUCAAAAGGUUUUUUAAGGUGAGUUUUAAGGAGUGUUUCUAAUAUUUUGUUCCUCACUGACACCCAUGCUUUAUUUUCCCCAUAUAAGUAGUGGAUUGGAAUAGCUUUGUAAUUUUUUUUUUGUAAAAUCUUAAUGUAAUGAAAAUGAGGAUCGGAGUAUGAUUUACCUCAUAGCAUCUUCAUUUUGUCGUGGUAGCUUGAACAGAUAUGUUCAGGAAAUGAAAUGUGAAUUAUGCCUUUCAUGGGUCUA